CAGUGGACUCGUUGUUCCUUCGUGUUGGCCAAAAUGCCGGCUCAUUGCAUUGCUGGACAUUGCUUUAACACUCGGGAGAAUGGAUUACCCUUCAUAAGUUUGCAAGAGCCCCGGUUCGUUGUGAAAAAUGGAUUGCACAGGUGCAGAGGACGAGAGCUUCGUGGGUUCCAAAUCACAGGGUCCAAACUCGCAAAUCCCUACAAUUUCUUGGUGACCCCGACGGUAAGUCGAGGGAGGCCGAUGGGCGUUGGCCGUCGACAGAUGACAUUUUUGGAGACAUAUGAGAAACACAGGAGUGUUUUACGGACAAGUCGAGAGUGAUCACCUUUACUUCUGACUUCUCCAGGUCACGACCCACAUAAAACCAAAGGUAAGCAGAAGCCUGUUACCGUUGAAUUCUACAUAUUGAACUGCCUAUAUUUGAGAAGUCAUUGGUAUCAGAUUGUUCCUGCCUCAUAUGAAUUAUUGAAUAUGUGAUGAUGAAGAAGUGAGAAUAAGAGAAGUUGUAUAUCCUGUCAUAGCUGACGUAUAUUGUAGACAAACAAUUACACUGUGAGGUUUACCUGUUACACCUAAGGGGGAUGGGAUCCUAUAAAAACAGAGGGUUUGCCGUCGGUUUGAGCCUGGGACAUCGCAAGGUGAAUAGUAUAGAAGUUCUAAUUUGUUGCGCGAUAGGAAUUUAGGUGGGUUUAGUCGAAGAAGAGUGACCACUAAAUUAAAUAAAUAAUCAUGGAUGGUGAAUUUGAUCGUGAAUGUGCCAAAUAUAAUCCGACAAAAGAUUAAAUUGCACAUUGAAAUUGAGUGACAAAGGAUGGCUGAUGUUGACGAAAAGAAACAAGACAAAGAAAGGAAAAAUAAUGGCAAAAGCACAAUUUAGGUAAAAUUCACAAUUGGGACAAACUGACGAUGAAGUUAUAGGAAAUUGACAGAGACUAUGUAAAACAGGUAAAAGAGGGACUGAUUAGACAAGGGUUCAUGGAACUUAAAGAUAAUUAAAGGUGAACAAAGAAAGGCGAACUGCGCAUUUAAUGAUGGUGACGGCGAUGGCAACGUUGAAGAAAAAUGAUAAUGGUAAGUCGAACGAAGGUAAAGUAAGUAAAGAAGAGGGUACAGUUACUCCUGGACCGGCGCCGACCGCGCCCCUGUAUCCAACACUCUCUUUGCCUUAUGUGAGGAAGACAGACGUUCGAACAGGACCAGGAAACUACCUGAGAAUCGCUGGUAAGGUGGCAAGUGACAUGGAGGGCAUCAACGGGCCCAUGACGAAAAAAAGAUGGGGCUGAGAAAAGUUGUAUUUGAUAUGUGGACACGAGUAAAGGGGACUGGAAAUGAGGAAGCAUAUUCAACAUGCAAACACGCAUGUGCUCUGAACCACAUGUAAGUACACCACACACACACACACACAUACACACACACAAUAAUUAAAUAAUUCGAAAGUGUUUGCAGUCAUGUUCCCAGACAGUGACAUUGCUAAAAACUACCACUGUGGGGAAAGGAAGACUUCGUACCUGGCUACAUUUGGCAUCGCUGCCCACUUUUGAUCUCUACUGCCUCAAAGCCAAAAAAGCCAGAAUAGAGACUGACAUAUCUACGCUUAUUGAGAAGGCUGACAGGCUGUUAGAGGAGGCAGAACAAAAGAGGAAUCUGAGGUUUAUCACCGAGGCCAAUGCACUCAGAGGCAGAGCAAAGGACAAGAGAGCCACUUUGGCACCUCUGCAGCAACAAAGAGGAGGGACUGGGUAGGCUCAAGGAGCUAGAGUAGGGGUGCUGAAACAGACAUCAGUAGAAGACAUUUGUGUAUAUAGUUGCAAUUGUAGUUAGAAUCUGGUUUUCUGUAUACUGUUAUGUGAAGAUGUUGACAAUGGUCAUAUCAAUGAGAACUACCGCAAGGGGUGACAGGUGAUCACUGUCACGGGUACUGAGGUACUGGAACAUUUGAUGAACCAAGAACGGUUGAUGGCACCAUUGGGUGAGUGUUUUUUUCCUUACUCUUGAUUUCCCACGAUGGCCCUAAAUUUUUCGUGUCGGCCCUAAAUUUUUUCUGUGUCAACCCUAAAUUUUUCGUGUCAGCCCCUAAGAAUGCCCCUAAAAAGCCCUUAAGUUUUUUUGGUCAGACUGAGUAUGAACCCUGCAAGAAGGCAGAUAGGGAGGAAAAGUCCUAAACCACACCAGAUGUAAUUUUUUUGGCAGGCACAACCACCUAGACAGGCAGGUGGGUUCCGAGGUAAUAGCCGGGGUGGAUACGCAGGAAGGCGUGGAGGGGGCCGGGGGAGCAACAACAUCAAAUUGAUCAAGGAUGUUUUGGUUGUGGUUCUCCCGAUCACUGGAUUAAAGACUGUCCAACAGCUCCUCCACCUCAAGGUCCAAUGCGAGGGUGUGGUGGCUGGUCCAACAACUGAGGGGGCCAAGGCACAGGCAGAAAUGACAGCUUUGGCAGCCCACCUUGGGGUCCUGCGAUGCAGGUGCCAUGAUCCCCAUCUCUGUUGCGGGGUGAAAAGUGAACACUCUCCUUGACACAGGGGCAACACACCCCUCACUCAACAUCUCGCUCCUGGACACUUUAUUUUCACAACACUCUGCACAAUUGAUGUGCUUCUCGGGGACUCAACAAGCCCUGCAAUGGACUCAACCCCUACCGACAAUCUUAGCUGGACAGGCCUUUCACCAUUUGUUUGUACGUUCACCACAAACACCAGUGAACUUGUUAGGAUGUGACCUAUUAUUUAAGGCACGUGCCUCUAUCUUAUGCGGCUUUGGAGGACUUGUUGUUUCUUUCCCAAAUGGACACAUAAUGCCGGCAGCUGAAUUCGUCUGCCACUCUGGACAAUGGCUUAUGACACCUGUGAGUGAACUCCAACUGUGGACAUUUAUUGGGCCCGACUUCAACCAGAAAGAUCGCUCAAACCUGGUCUCACACAUCAAUUUCUGUUGUGGAAGCCCUGGUUAAACACUCUUAGGGCUUACCUGCCUCCACUAGAUCCAUACCAUUACCCACUAUAUUACAACCGCAAUCAAACUUUGCAUGGAUAUAAGGUGAUGUUUGGGACAUGAUAUUCACACAUAUAUACACAGCAAGAGAGGGUGUAGCAGCAUCCUGCUCUCUUACACCUGAUCACAUGACAUGGUUCAAAAUGCAGGAAGAGUCAGUACCCAAAUUUCACUCGCUCUGUCUCCAGGACACAAGGCCCGAUAGCUGGGACCAAUGGUGAAACGACUGACUCAAAUGAUUGACUGGGAGGACACACCACUGCCUAACGUACAGCUCUCCAAAUCUGCAGAUUCAUACCGCAUCAUUGUUCCUGACGCACCCUCGACAACUAAUAUGACCAUAUUAGAACACGAGACCCUAACAAGAGAACACGGAUGUGACUACUCUAACCAUGACGACGGAGCCCUGGAAACAUCCACCUCCUUGUGGUGUACACCACUCAGGCCAGUUCUAAAAGCAGAUGGUAACACUUAUCGUAUGGCGCAUGAUUCAAGAGUCAUUAAUGAUGGAAAGACCACACCACUGUUACCUGUACCAGACCCCCACAGAAUAUUGUCUACCAUCACAUCUGAUUUCAAAUACUUCACAGCGAUUGAUUUGGCAAAUGCAUUCUUCUGAGUCCCACUCGCACUCGAGUAUAGACACUUGUUUGCAUUCAGAUACCAGGGAAACAAUUUGCAAUACACCAGGUCGCCACAAGGCUUCAAAAAUUCACUUCAUUUUUUAAUCAAUGUUUGAAAUCAUUGCUGCAGGAUCUAAUGUAAAUGUAAACUCUUGAUGUAUGUUGAUGAUCUCCUAUUGGCAGCCACAUCAGCAGAGUCGUGUUUGUCUCUAACUAAACUUGUUUUGCUCCGUUUGCAUGAGCUGGGAUUCAAAGCCUCCAGAAAGAAGCUUCAGUGUUGUCGCAAAUCGGUGAUCUUCUUGGGCAGAGUGAUCUCCUCUGAAGGAUCCACUAUGUCCUCGGAGCAUCGUUCUUCUAUACUACAGCACAAACAUCCUGACACGGUGAAGGAGAUGCUUGCUUUUCUUGGUUUGUGCAGCUACAGCAGACACUACCUUCCAUGCUUUGCAGAUCGCACCGCUCCCCUCAGACACACGGUGAAAAACCAAGGUUACAGAAACCUUGCUGCCAAAUUGGAGUGGUCAGCGGAGUUAGACUCUGUCUAUACCACUCUUGCACAAGAUCUCGCAUCAGCAGCAUUUCGGGCUGCCCCGAAUUACACCAUCCCAUUUAUUUUAGAUGUUACUGUCACAACUACCAUUGUGAAUGCAACUUUAAACCAGAAGAAGGAUGGAAAGUGUCAUGUUCUGAUGUAUUGUAGCAUUCCACUUGAUCCACUUGAGGCCAAAAGCCCUGAAUGCACUAGGUUUGCAGCUGGGCUCGUCAAAGUUAUCCAAAAAAAAAACACACACAUGGUUAUGUCAUAUCCCCUUGUGGUCCUUACUGACCACUCGUGACAGCCCACAUUGCCUCAUCAGCAUUCACACUAUCUUUUCAUAGGCAAACAUGCCUGUUGAAAAUUCUCACAGCACCAAACAUCACAUAUGUCCGCACUGGCAUUGACAUAACUAAUGAAUUGCAUCCAGACCCGCACUGCUUUGAAAUUGCUGUGAUUGAUUCUCUUCAUCCAUGUGCUGAUCUCUCUGUCCAACCUCUGAUUAAUGGCAGGGUCCUGUUCACUGAUGUUUUGCUGUUACCGUAAGCCAGAUGGCUCUUUGGCUGCGGUGGCUGAUCUAGUGGAGCAGCAACCCUCAGCCGAAUUUUUUAACUGUUUCCUCUUCCGUAGUACCGUCUGCCCCCUCAGCCCAGGCAGUGGAAGUGCUCGCACUCUGUUUCGCACUGGAACUGGCGGCCAGACAAUCUGUCACCGUCUAUUCUGACUCAGCUUACGCUGUCUCGGCUGCUGGGUUGGACCUGGCUGCCUGGAAAUGGAAUGACUUUAAAAUAGCUAAAGGUACUCCUACUGCUGUCAUGAUCCUGCCGCUCCAGCCCGGGCUGUGCAGGUGCCCGCGCGGUCGCGCUAGUUGGGAGGCACACACCUGCGCCUCAUGCGGGCUGAUUAUCCCGUGUACAUAUAGGACCCCGAUGACGACUGGUCCUCCGCCAGAUCGCUGAGGUUCAUGUCCCAUUCCAGCACUCUAGUAUCCCUGACCGUCAACCCGUGUGUACCGACCUUCGGCUGUUCUCCGACCGACCCCGUAAGCCUGACUCCCUUGAUACUUCUGCCUGCUUUGAUUAUUCUCCCGUGUACCGACUCCUGCCUGCCCGCUGACCUGCUCUCUACGCCCGACGUCUCAACUACCACUGCUGCACCUGACUGCCUGCCCGAUCCCCGACCUUCUAAUAAUAAACGUUUUUCCCCGAACUACCUUGCAUCUCCUGAAUCCUGCAUUUGAGUCCUACCUCCGUUCCGAUGGGUCGUGACAGAACGAUCUGGCCAAAACAGGACCCAGCGGGAAAGACCCGGCGUCGCCGGGACCGACGCAAGGUAGACCGACUGCCGGAGGACCAAGCCUGUCCGAUCCGGGUAGGCUCCAUGACGUCCUCCGCUUCCGUGUCAUAUGCUCCGCCGGCGAGCUAUGAAUACGUCCCGACCACGACCCGUCCAGCACUGCAUAUUCUUUUGGACUCGGAUUUUUCGGAUUAUGAGGAGGACUUUGAUUUAUAUGACCAGCUGCCUGAGUACGACUCAGAUUAUUUCGAUUACGAAUCUCUUCACCUGAUCUUUCAUCCCAGUCAGUUCGCUUCACCUCACCGCGUUUCCAGCACCUGAGCGUCUCCGCCCAGUAGGUCCAAGUACACCAACCCAUUUGUGGGAACCCGCUUGGCCAUCUACCCGGGACCUCCGCGUGGCAGCCAGAGGAGACCCCAAGGCCGGGCACUCCCUUGUGCCUCCCACUGCGCGGCAACAAAGACGCCCUCCUCGUCCUCCCACUCCUCGCCGGCAACGGUGAAACCGGCAGACCCUCAGCUGGUGGCGAAGCUUCCAGCCCAGAGGGAGGAGGAGCCGCUAAAUCACGAGGUGUUCUGCCGCGAAAUGCGGGCGGAGAUAGAGCGGCAGAGCGCCCCAUUGGCGGCUCUCACGGCCCAGGUUCAGCAGGGAUUGAAGAACCAGCCAAGCUACGCUGACGUCGCGACUACUACUGACUCGCUGCUGACGCAGAUUCACGCUGCAGUGGUAACGGAUCCGCCACCUCGCCAAGCGCACGUUGCAGUGGGAACAGGUCCGCCACCUCGACACGCCCACGUUGCAGUUUCGACGGACUCGUUACUGACUUUUGCUCACUCGGCAGUGGCAACUGAUCCACUACCAAGCCAAGCGCACGUUGCAGUGGGAACUGAUCUGACACCUCGAACACGCCCACGUUGCAGUUUCAACGGACUCGUUUUUGACUCAUGCUCACGCGGAAGUUGGACCCGCUCCCGAGACACGCCCAUGUGUUAGUUUUGACUGACUCUCUGCCUACUCUCGUUCACGUCGCCGUGGAAACAGACCCGCCACCGCGCCACGCCCAUGUUGCUGUAUCAACGAAAGCACUGCAAGCUCACGUGGCAGUGGAGACUGAGGCUUUCUGCUCUUUUCCCCAUUACUCCUGACGAAAAUGUCGACCGUAUCAAUUACAUACAUUAUAAUUUGCAACGUUUGGGAAAAUUCACCCUUGAAGGACUUGAAACUGUAUAUGAGCAACUUAAGGCGAAUAUCUAUUAUGGCUUUCCAAAAUAGAAUCGCAUGAGAUGCAGUGUUGGCCGAGAAAGUAGGUGUUUGUUCCUUUUUUGGCGACCAAUGAUGUACCAUUAAUCAGAAUAACGCCUCACUAAGGCCAGAGAUGGACUUAGAACCCUUGCUAAGAAAAUGAAGUUACACUCUGGUGUUGAUACGUCUAUGUGGGAUAACUGGAUGAAUGUGUUUGGUAAAUGGAAGGGAGUCAUUUCAUCAAUCUUCAUCUUUCUGGCUGUCUUCACCUCUAUUCUCACCCUCUGUGCAUGGUGUUGCAUUCCUUGUAUUCGUUCUCUUUUAACCCGUCUGAUUCAGAAGGCGACUGGUGCCCCUGCUGAUGGCCGCGGCAAUUAUGUCCUCAUCCAACCCCAGCCCCAGGUUGUUCCUCAAGAUGAUUUUAUUGUUGCUGUCGCUCCACUCAAAAACGAUGCUGUACUUCCACCGCUUCCUGAUUGCCAUGAUGUUGACAUGCCCCGUGAUUGCAUUGCCCUUGCUCAUAUUGUGUGAUUAUUCUGUUCUACUUAUAUUUGAGUGUUGUUGCUUUUUUUAAGAAAUGUUUUGCUGUUUUUGAGUUGUCUAGAACUGUCCUGCAGGUUUAAAGCUAACAAGUGUUCUGAAUCAAGAGGUAUGCACUUGUUACAAGGUAUGUUUGGACGACUAGAUAGGGUUUUAUGUUUUACAUAUUUCUUUAAGUGUUACUUUUGGGAUUUUCGCAUUUAUUUUUGUGAUCUAUUUCAUAGAUCAAGAGAGGGGAUGAAGACUAUUUUACUUUUAUUGAACUUUUAUUAUUUCCUUAAAUAUGACCUUAUACAUUUAAUCAACAGAUAAGGUGUUGUCCAUUUGCUAAUCAGACGAGGAUGUGUUGUGCAGCGCGGUGGCUGUCCUUGAUCUGUGUACGCAGAAAACCAGCUGCCGGAUCUCAAGAUACCUGAGGUUUCCAGGGGUCGAGUCAACGUCCAGGCAAAGACCGUGGCCACGGCACUUCAGACCCUUUCCGGGACUGGGCCUCGACUUUGGAUCUGGAGGCUGAGGGUUGACGAGAAGCCGAAGGAAGUGAAGACAUCUCUGCGUUCUCGGUUGCGUCCUCGGAGCCAGCUUGGGUGAUGCCAUGCCACGGAAACACAGCGGAGAUGAAGGCGCCGCCGGGCUCUGGAUGAGAACCUCGCCGGGCCGCUGCGCCGAAGGCUACGGCAUGCAAGAUGUGGAAUCCGGACGGAAGAUGACGAACAGCGCCAGAGACGGCUUGCUGUCGGUCUCCAACCCGGUCGGUACCGGCGGCUCGGACAGCCUGCGAGAGAAGCGAGGAGGGCGGCUCAGCUUGCUCGGCAAGCCGCUCCUAUACACCGCGCAGAGCGGCCGCAGGAAUGUGCGCUACCGCCGGCUCCAGAACUACCUGUACAAUGUGCUGGAGAGACCCAGAACCUGGGCCUUCAUCUACCACGCCUUUGUGUUUGUCUUGGUCUUCAGCUGCCUGGUCCUCUCUGUGUUCUCUACCAUUCCAACUCAUCAGGUUUUCUCCUCCUAUUGUCUUCUUGUUUUGGAGUUUGUCAUGAUUGUGGUGUUUGGGUUGGAGUACAUCAUCCGCAUCUGGUCAGCAGGAUGCUGCUGUCGCUACAGAGGGUGGCAGGGGAGACUCCGCUUUGCCAGAAAGCCUUUCUGCGUUAUUGACAUUAUAGUGCUGAUUGCAUCAGUUGCUGUGGUGUCAGCUGGUAGCCAGGGCAACAUCUUUGCAACUUCAGUCCUUCGUAGCCUUCGUUUCCUACAGAUCCUACGCAUGGUGCGGAUGGACCGGAGAGGGGGUACAUGGAAGCUGUUGGGGUCUGUGGUCUAUGCACACAGUAAGGAACUGGUUACUGCUUGGUACAUUGGUUUCUUGGUUCUCAUCUUCGCUUCAUUCCUCGUCUACCUUGUGGAGAAUAAAUUCAACAAGGAGUUCGCCACAUAUGCUGAUGCCUUGUGGUGGGGUACGAUCACGCUUACAACCAUUGGCUAUGGGGACAAGACACCAAAGACAUGGACAGGAAGGAUGCUGUCUGCAGGGUUUGCGCUGCUGGGGAUCUCUUUCUUUGCCUUACCUGCAGGUAUUUUGGGCUCAGGUUUUGCCCUGAAGGUUCAAGAGCAGCACAGACAGAAGCACUUUGAAAAGAGGAGAAACCCUGCAGCUUACCUCAUACAGUGUGUUUGGCGUAGUUAUGCGGCUGAUGAACACUCGGUUUCCAUUGCUACCUGGAAGCCUCACUUGAAGGUGUUGCAUACCUGCAGCCCUACAAAAAAAGAACAAGGACAACCAACUCCAAGCCAGAAACUCAGUUUCAAGGAGCGGGUGAGGAUGGCUAGCCCAAGAGGUCAGUGCAUCAAGAACAGGCAGAUCUCCUCAAUGAACGAUCGUCGUUCUCCAGUAGCAGAGGCUGGUACAGAGGGCACCAGCCCUGCCAAGGUACAGAAGAGCUGGAGUUUCAAUGACCGCACACGCUUCAGACCCUCACUGCGCCUUAAAAGCCAGUCACGAUCCACCACUGAUGCAGACUCUAAUUUGACAGGAGAGGAUAGUUUUGAUGAGAAAGGUUGCCACUGUGAAAUCUCAGUGGAAGACUUGCUGCCCUCUAUCAAGUCUGCUAUUCGAGCCGUUAGAAUAAUGAAGUUCCAUGUUGCUAAGAAGAAAUUCAAAGAGACCCUACGUCCUUAUGAUGUGAAGGAUGUGAUCGAGCAGUACUCUGCGGGUCAUUUGGACAUGUUGUGUCGCAUCAAGAGCCUACAAACCAGGCUGGACAUGAUUGUAGGCCCACAGCCCCUGUGCAGUCGUGCCAAGACCUUUUCCUCCCCCUCACUGCCUCUCUAUUACAGCCAGGGCAGAAAGAACUCCACUCAAGGGGUGGACCAAAUCCUUGGGAGAGGACAGAUCCCACUGGACAAGAAGAUUCGUGAGAAGUUGCUAUCUGAUGGAGAUCUACUUGAAGACAUGAGCAUGUUGGGGCGUGUUUGUAAAGUGGAGCGCCAGGUCCAGUCAAUUGAGUCAAAACUCGACUCCUUGCUUGACAUCUAUCACCAGGUUCUACGGAAGGGCUCCUCCACAGCUCUCACACUUUCAUCUAUGCCACUGUUUGAGCUGGAACAGACGUCAGACUACCAAUCGUGUGUCUUCAGCAAAGAUCUGUCCUUCCCCAGCCAGGUUAGCAGCAACACAGACUCUCACCCUGGUAGCUGUACCACACACUCCGCAACCACCCACGGAGGACUCCAUCUCAUCCUGGCAACUCCAAAUGAUCUCGAUGUUAAUACCUCCAGCAAUACACCUCCCUCUGGCCCUGCUUCCUCAUCUUUUAGCCCAUCACCUUUUCCACAUCCCCACCAUCUUCACCACCACCAUCAUCAUCCCCAACAUCAGCCCCUGGAUCAGUCAACCACACCUGAAAGUGCCAAUGAUGAAACAGUGGGGAGCUCUCCUCCCAUCCUCACACCAAACAGUAUCAGUCGUGGUGGGGGUGGAGGGGCAGCAGAUGGGGGAUUUAGUCUUCUGGCAAGGCUCCCACCACCACCUCCUCCUAAUAGGAAUGUAGCUUUAAGCAGCUUGAGGCGUGCAUCCUCCAAUGAAAAUUCCCCUGAAAUUGAAGACUUCUAUGGAGGUCUAGGAAUGCAAAUAAAGGACAGCAAUGUGGUGGAGGAAGUUUGCCAAGAUUUGGGACUCUGCACACUGAGAAAUCACCUACGGGGUAGCGCCAACAACAAGGGUAAACUUAACACCAAGCAGGAGGGCUCCUGGAGGCGGCAUAUGAGUCUUGAGCUAGAGCCCCUGGUACCAGCGGCCCUGAACUGCUGCUCAGGUAUUAGUCACGUAGAUCACAUUCUAGGUAAGUCUGUAUCAGUGCAGGACUUGAUGCAGACAGCCCAAAGCAAAGUGCAAGGCACCCACUGCAACAUUUCAUCCCCAAGCUGCAGUAGAAACUCCUCAACGGGCUUCCAACAAAGUCACCAAGACCUCGGCGGAGGGGGAACUGACAAAGUUGAUUGGGGGGGGGAAGGAGACCUUUUUAUCAAUGAUGAGGAAGUGGAGAUGCAGCGGUUUGAUUUCUUGUCGCAUGGGGCAGUUGAGGCUUCCUCAGAACACUUGAGAACAGAGGAUUCGAAAAGAGGGGGGUCACUGGAGUCCAACCAUAGCCCGGCCACUGGUCAUUCAUCCUCACCCUCUGCUGGCAGCAAUGAAUUACUUAGAAUGCAGCGUGUACGAUUAAAAUAGACUGGGGUUACUUUUUAAAGAGUGUGAAGCUGGAAUAAAAAAAAAAAAACAGAUUCGAUAAAAUUCCCAGUGUUUUAUACGAGUUAUCAGGCUCACCGGGUAUGACUUACUGUUUUAAUUGCAUGAAAGCAGUCACCACUUUGAACUUUAGACUUAAAAGACAAUUGGUGGUUGAUACAUGAAACUACUAUACUGUCCACUGAAUGUUGAGUUAAGAAAGACAAUUUAUAUUGCAAAAAUGUAAGUCAUGGGAAUUUUAAAAAAAUAGUCUUUUCAUAUUGAUUCCAAUAAUUCCCCUAAAUAUUUCUCAUAUUUUUAUUCUAAUAUAUUCCACCACCACCACCUGUCCCCCCGUGUAAUUUAAAUGUCAUGACAGGAAAGACUGCAUUGUGCUCUUGUGUAACUAUAGACAUCACAUCCAGUGGAAAUGUAUGCCAUAGGAUUUAAUUUUUGCAUUUUCAUUUAAAAAUUUACUAAUGAAAUCUGCCCAGUGGUUAUUGUUUUGAUAAGUAUAACCAAACUGUCAAAAUGUUGAAAGGCUGUCAGUCGAUGUUCUUACAAUGUGUACAAACAAGUCUAAAUCCAACAUUCUAUUGUACAGUACGUAUUGGCUUUUAGACUGCAACAAGUGCACAAUCUAAGAUUUCCUGGUUUAGAACAGUGUUUUCUUAAGUAAUUGUAGGCUUGCUUUUUGUUAUUUCAAAUCUCAUCA